CCGCCGCCGCCUCGCCAGCGCCUCGCGUCAUGGCCGGAGCUGGAGGUACCGGGAACGACAUCCAGUGGUGUUUCUCUCAGGUGAAAGGAGCAAUCGACGAUGAUGUCGCCGAAGCUGAUAUUAUUUCUACAGUCGAAUUCAACCACUCCGGAGAACUGCUCGCAACUGGGGACAAGGGGGGUAGAGUUGUGAUAUUUCAACAGGAGCAAGAGAGCAAAAGCCAGCCUCACUGCAGAGGAGAAUAUAAUGUUUACAGUACGUUUCAGAGCCACGAACCAGAAUUCGACUACUUAAAAAGCUUAGAAAUCGAAGAAAAGAUCAAUAAAAUCAGGUGGUUACCCCAACAAAAUGCAGCACAAUUCCUGCUAUCUACAAACGAUAAAACUAUAAAGUUGUGGAAAAUCAGUGAAAGAGACAAACGACCAGAGGGCUACAACUUGAAGGAGGAGGAUGGCAGAUAUAGGGACCCCACCACAGUCACUACACUUAAGGUGCCAGUAUUCAAACCGAUGGAUUUAAUGGUGGAAGCAAGUCCUCGAAGAAUAUUCGCGAACGCCCACACUUAUCACAUAAACUCUAUUUCUGUCAAUAGUGACUAUGAAACUUACUUAUCGGCAGACGAUCUUAGGAUUAACCUGUGGCAUUUAGAAAUCACCGACCGAAGUUUUAAUAUUGUAGAUAUCAAGCCUGCCAACAUGGAGGAGCUGACUGAAGUGAUUACAGCAGCAGAGUUCCACCCCAAUCAGUGCAACACAUUUGUAUACAGCAGUAGCAAGGGAACCAUUCGAUUGUGUGACAUGCGGACAGCAGCCCUGUGUGACAAACACGCCAAAUUGUUUGAAGAGCCAGAAGAUCCAAGUAACAGGUCGUUUUUCUCUGAAAUCAUUUCUUCAAUAUCAGACGUUAAAUUCAGUCACAGUGGUCGCUAUAUGAUGACGAGAGAUUACCUAUCAGUCAAAAUCUGGGACUUAAAUAUGGAAAGCAGGCCAGUGGAAACGUACCAGGUGCACGAAUACCUUCGGAGCAAGCUGUGCUCUCUGUACGAAAACGACUGCAUCUUUGACAAGUUUGAGUGCUGUUGGAACGGUUGCGAUAGCGUUGUCAUGACUGGGUCGUACAACAAUUUCUUCAGAAUGUUUGACCGAAACACAAAACGGGACAUUACGCUAGAAGCCUCGCGGGAGAACAGCAAACCGCGCGCGGUCCUCAAACCGCGUCGCGUGUGUUCGGGGGGGAAGAGAAAGAAGGACGAGAUCAGCGUGGACAGCCUGGACUUCAACAAGAAGAUCCUGCACACGGCCUGGCACCCGAAAGAGAAUAUUAUUGCCGUCGCCACAACCAACAACCUGUACAUAUUCCAGGACAAAGUCAAUUAAAACCGGGGAGGGGGCAGGGCAGAACAAGUCUCGCUUGUCCCUGCAGGGUUCCGAUAGUGUAGCCUUUGUAUCUUGUAAGAGAGAGAGAGAGAGAGAGGGGUCCAUUCUGGUCCCCCCCUCACCUCCGCCCAGCCCCGCUCCGCCCACCUCCCCAAUCUCUUAAAUCAGUGCCAUUUCUAAUGCACUCAUGCGUGACAUGACCGCAGAGUUCCUUUCACCCCCCCACCC